GGAAAGGUCGCGGCCUGCGGCCCUGCGGGCAGCCGUGCAGACAUGAACCCCAGCGCCCACAGCUACCCCAUGGCCUCGCUCUACGUGGGGGACCUACACCCCGACGUGACCGAGGCGAUGCUCUACGAGAAGUUCAGCCCAGCCGGGCCCAUCCUCUCCAUCCGGGUCUGCAGGGACAUGAUCACCCGCCGCUCCUUGGGCUACGCCUAUGUGAACUUCCAGCAGCCGGUGGACGCGGAGCGUGCUUUGGACACCAUGAAUUUUCAUGUUAUAAAGGGCAAGCCAGUACGCAUCAUGUGGUCUCAGCGUGAUCCAUCACUUCGCAAAAGUGGAGUGGGCAACAUAUUCAUUAAAAAUUUGGACAAAUCUAUUGAUAACAAAGCACUGUAUGAUACAUUUUCUGCUUUAGGUAACAUCCUUUCAUGUAAGGUGGCUUGUGAUGAAAAUGGUUCCAAGGGUUAUGGAUUUGUGCAUUUUGAGACACAAGAAGCAGCUGAAAAAGCUAUUGAAAAAAUGAAUGGGAUGCUUCUGAAUGAUCGCAAAGUGUUUGUUGGACGAUUUAAGUCUCGUAAAGAACGAGAAGCAGAACUUGGAGCUAGGGCAAAAGAGUUCACCAAUGUUUACAUCAAGAAUUUUGGAGAAGACAUGGAUGAUGAGCACCUUAAGGAUCUCUUUGGCAAGUUUGGACCUGCCUUGAGUGUGAAAGUAAUGACUGAUGAGAGUGGAAAAUCCAAAGGUUUUGGAUUUGUAAGUUUUGAAAGGCAUGAAGAUGCACAGAAAGCUGUGGAUGAGAUGAAUGGAAAGGAGCUCAAUGGGAAACAAAUUUACGUUGGUCAAGCCCAGAAAAAAGUAGAACGGCAGAUGGAACUUAAGCGCAAAUUUGAACAGAUGAAGCAAGAUAGGAUCACCAGAUACCAGGGUGUUAACCUUUAUGUGAAAAAUCUUGAUGAUGGUAUUGAUGAUGAACGUCUCCGGAAAGAGUUUUCUCUGUUUGGUACAAUCACUAGUGCAAAGGUUAUUAUGGAGGGCGGUCGCAGCAAAGGUUUUGGUUUUGUAUGUUUCUCCUCCCCAGAAGAAGCCACUAAAGCAGUUACAGAAAUGAAUGGUAGAAUUGUGGCCACCAACCCAUUGUAUGUAGCUUUAGCUAAUGUAAAAUAAGUUUAAAAAGGAAAG